AACCAUGGAUUAAAAUAACAGAUAUAUUCACUGCAAGGAGUAAGAAAAAUACAGACAUAGUAGAAGAGAAGAGAAUACAUCAUUUUACAUUAUCCAUGAUUUGUUUGCUCCACAAAAACGGUAAAUAUGACUCGGUAUAAUACCCAUCUACGAAGUAUGGCUUUCUUUUUGUACAUACUGUACGUGCCUACUUGUAUGGUAAGAGGAUUAAUCAUUCAAAAAGCAGUACCUGGACAGAAUGUAUCUCUGCCUUGUAUGGUUGACCAGGUGAAUAACCAACAGACUGUUAAGUGGUGGAGUCACAGUCGUUACAUCAGUUCUGAAAAAAUUAUUAUUGAUUCACUUGGCCUUAUAAAAACAUCUUUUGCUUUACCUGGUGAAGGUGCAAACUAUAGUCUGUUCAUUAUGAUACCUGAUGAAAUCACCAUCUGGCCAUAUCUUGUAGAAACCUAUGAAUGCAGGUUAGUUUCAAACACUGAUGGUGAUGUUUUACAGAAAUUAAAAAUUUAUGAACUGCAAAUCUACCAGCCAGAAUGUAUAAUCAUCCACAUUAAUGGUAGCAUAUCAGUUCCUUCAUGUUCCUAUCAAAAUAUUCCAGAGGUCCAAGCAACAUGGCUUGUUGAUGACAGUAGUGUUCACAGCAUAAGAGAUUGCACAUCUGACGUCUGUCCACUGAAUUACACAUUCAACCCAAGAGAAGUCAAUCCACAAGAUAUUGAAUGUAGUGUUGAAAUCCCAAAUAGAAAACUUUGGAGAAUAAAAUGUUCUAUAACGCAGACACAUAGUACAAUACUACCACAAAAAACGGAGGUAUCGUCACAAUCAACUUCCCCUACUAAAUACAUUGAUGUAGAUAAUUCACAAGGCACCAUGGUCCAAACAAGCCCAGAAGGCCCUGUUUUAUCUUCAACAAUAACAACAGCAGAAAAAGAAGACAAUGCAACACAAUUAAUAGUCAUAAUCUCAGUAGCAGCUUUAAUAAUACUAUUUCUAAUCAUUAUUAUUUUAUUUUUUGUAAGAAGGAACUUCAAAAUAAAACAAAACUCUGCAAUGAAAUCACCACCAACAGAUAAAAAUGUAUACUUUGAGAAUGACCAACAAGAAGAUACAAACGAAAUUAGAAUGAUGGAAGGAGCAGCACAAAGUGAUGACAUCAAUUUUAAGCAAUCUUCUGAGGACAGUGUCAUGAAAGAAAAUGACAUCUACCAAUCCGCAGACACCAAUUCUUAUGAACUAUCACCCGUUGUUAAUGAAGUUAGUGUUGCCAAGCCAGGUGAAGCUAAUUAUCCUGACCGAACAAACAAGGCUGAUGAAGAAAUUAAUGAUUUUGUCGAUGGUAUAAAUAUGAAUAAGAAAAAUGAUGGGCCUACUACAUCACAGACACACAACAAGGUCAAAACAUAUGAUGAUUUGGGGUACAUUGAAAAAGAGAAUGAGGCUUACCAAUCACUUAAUGGUUGACCAUGCCGUUUAAAAGCGAACCAUGGAUUAAAAUAAAGGAUAUAUUAACCUGCAAGAUGUAAGAAAAGGCAGACAUAGUAGAAGAGAAGACGUAAAAUAUAUCUUUUUACAUUAUUCAUGAUUUGUUUGCUCCACAAAAACGGUAAAUAUGACUCGGUAUAAUACCCAUCUAUGGAGUAUGGUUUUCUUGUUGUACAUACUGUACAUGCCUACUUGUGUAGUAAGAGGAUUAAUCAUUGAAGCUGUACCUGGACAGAAUGUAUCUCUGCCAUGU